AGUCUAGUACAUAAACUGAUGGGAGAAGAAGAAGGACCCGGAAAUACAGUGCGAAAGCAGCGACGGGUUAGCUAGCUGCUGUCGUUGAGCAAACAAAUCGUUUUCUCUUUGUAUUAUGGUCGGUUCAUGAAUAAGAAUCUUCAUUUUUGGUGGGAGGUUGCUUAUUAUUUUGUGUAAAUGAGCGAGAGAAAGCAACUUGUUAGCAAAUAGCCGCUAACACGCAUUACUUGGCAGGCGAUGCCAGUUCGCUAUCGCUAGCUGGCUUUAGCUUGUUUUUAGCUAGUUUGCUGUUGGAGCUUGGGACAUUUUCUAUUGACAAAAAUGAGUGACGACGACAGUUCAGCGCCGACCAACAAAGACUCGGCUAUCUUGCUUACGAAAGACGGCCAGCGCUACAUUGUAGGUGAUAGCCGCUCGGUCGACAGCAGAGACGUGAUCACGUUGAUCCCCAUGGACGCCGACAUGGACGAUCCGGACGAGGAGAGCGACUUGUUGGACACCUCGGACCCCAGAGACAGCGCCGCCAGCCCGGAGGAGCUCAUCGACGAGGAAACCUUGGAGGGCGACAACGCCCCCAAACAGUGCACCUACGAGGGCUGCACGGAGACCACCACGCAGGUGGCCAAGCAAAGGAAGCCGUGGAUGUGCAAGAAGCAUCGCAACAAGAUGUAUAAGGACAAGUACAAGAAGAAGAAGAGUGACCAGGCCAUGUCCAGCAGCAAACUAGACCAGGACAACUCAGAGGAAAGGCCCGUGUCUGUCAACAAGCAGCGUUUGGGGGCCAUGGGGGACCGGCCGGCCAGACCCUCCCUUAUCGAGCAGGUCCUCAACCAGAAAAGACUGUCGCUGCUGAGGAGUCCUGAGGUGAUCAGCUUCCUGCAGCAGCAGCAGCAGCUCCUGGCAGCACAGAACCGCACUUUUGCGCAGCAGCAGAACUUCCCGGGCUGCUGACAAGGAGACGGUCCACCAGGAACGUGUAAGCUUCUGAUGCUAACAUCUGUUUGAUAAUGGCCUGCUAAUGUAAGCGCAUCUAUUUCUUUAGGAGAUGAUGUAAGACUUGAUGUCACUUUACAUUUCAUUUGCUGUGCUGUGUUUCAUACUGUGUUCAUCUAAGGAGUAUUUGUUAACUUUUUUUUUUUAAUUAAGUACUCUACUGAUGCUUAAAUUGCACUAUGGACAAACCCCCCAAAACUACCUUUGUGUGAGUGACAUUAAAUUAUUAAAGUUUAAUAUUUCAGUU